CAUCAAUACAAAGGUGUUCCGUAUGCGCAAGCGCAAACUAAACUACCUUGCCACGAUUUCAGCUGCCAAAGCUAAAUUGUCUCCAUGAACGUUGAAAUAAAGCCUUAAGCGUGUAAUAAGGCUAAGAGAGUUAAAAAUGUGAACAUUCACAGACUGUCGUUCUUCGCAUGAUGUGCGUGGUGUUUGGUGCAGUUAUUUUUAUCAAAUAAUUAUAACUUAUUAGGCGAUAUUCUAAUGAUGUCAGAAAAAGAAACUACUUUUAUCCGUUCCACAAGAUUAUAAUUUAUCGGGCCUUAUCUCAAAAAGCAAAAUGUAAUAAUUAAAUAUUUACUAUUGCAUCGUUUUUUAUCUGCAUAACCACAUGGCUUGUGCAAUUGUAAAUAAUUCGUAAUAUAUGUAAAGUGCACUUUUAUGAAAAAUCAUCACAUUAAAAAUUUUCUGUGACAAAGUGCAAGUGUGCAAAUGACUUUGAUAAAUAAUAUUCCUCACAUUGCUUAUAGAAUGACGACUCAUGCUUUUUUUAUUAAUGCAUAUUCGCCAAUAACAUUCUUACAAUUAAUUUCACGCUGUACGAAACUCGAUUUACAUAUACCAAACAUUGAUAAAAAAUACGGUUAAAAAUAGAGAUUAAAUUUUUGCAUAUCUCACUUAGUUUUGCGGACCGGUGUUUUUUAAAUUUGAAUUUCUGUGCAAUACAGUAAAUUGCUGGUCAUCAAAAUGAGUUCCAAUAGUCUUUUCACUUAUGAAACGCUGAUCCACGCAGUAUCUGGAGCAUGUGGAAGCGUUGUAGCUAUGGCUACCUUCUUUCCCCUGGACACUGUUCGAUCUAGAAUACAACUGGAAGAAGGUCGUGAAGCAAAACAUACAUUUGCGAUUAUCCAAGAAUUGGUGUCAAAAGAAGGAUCAUGUACACUUUACAGAGGAAUUGUGCCAGUAUUGCAAAGCUUAUGUGCCAGUAACUUUGUUUACUUUUAUACUUUCCAUGGAUUAAAAAUGCUUAAAAGCUCUAAGCAACAAUCGGCCAAAAAUGACCUGCUACUAGCAUCCACUGCAGGAGUGAUAAAUGUUCUUCUGACAACACCUCUCUGGGUGGUCAAUACCAGACUAAAGAUGAAGGGUGUAGGAACAGACAAUAACAACAAAUCAAAAUUUAAUUCCCUUCAUGGUGGGCUUAUCCAUAUUUGGAAAAAUGAAGGUUUUAGGCGAUUAUGGGCCGGCACACUUCCAAGUUUAAUGCUGGUCAUUAAUCCUGCUAUUCAGUUUAUGACAUAUGAGAGUUUAAAGAGGCGAGUUAAUAGUAAGUUUAUACAUUCUCAGCCACCUGCGUGGGUCUUCUUUGCCAUUGGUGCAAUUGCUAAGACUGUAGCCACGACCCUCACAUAUCCUCUCCAGUUGAUACAGACAAAACUUAGGCAUGGCAAUAAUUCCGAUCUUCCAGCAAAUGCAGGAACUUUACAGAUGCUCAUGUAUAUUUUAAAAAAACACGGGUUUUCGGGAUUGUAUAAGGGCAUGGAAGCCAAACUACUGCAAACUGUUUUAACAGCAGCGUUGAUGUUCCUUGCAUACGAAAAAAUUGCUCGUUUUGUUUUUAGGUUUUUUUUACACAAACCUCUAGUAAUUUAAGAAAUUAGAACGCUUUAUUAUAAUAAAUUGAUGUGAAAAGAUUAA